UUUUCAAAGGGUUUUGGCGAUCGGAAUUUCAUUUUUAAUUUUUACUGAGAGAAGAAAUAAAUUUUAAAAACUUGUUUUGAUUUGGCGUUUGGAAUUUUUUUUUGGAUUAAAGCGAAAAAGUUAUGGGAUAGAAAACGAGGGAAUGUGGUGAAUCAAUCAAAGCCAAUCCUUGUUUUGUUCUUGGAUUUCUUCUGUAAUUUUUACAGAUCUCUUUUUCGCUUGCAACUGGUGGUGUUUUUCGCCGGAAUUUCGUUUUCCGGUGAUGAAGAUUUGAAAUCGUUUUGUUCAGGAAUUAAUCUGUGCUGUGACAUUGGAAGCAAAAUAUUCACAACAUUGAAGUGUGUUCAGAUGAGCUAGAUCUCUGUGUAUUGUUCAUAUUUGUGCUAUGACUUCUAAAAUAUGGUGCUUCAGAAGAGGUUAGAUUAUGGGUUCCAUGGCUACCAAGUGCCAACAAUGCCUCGAACUACCAGAUCGGCCAGGAAGAGAAGUUUAUGUAGAAAGGGCACUGAAGGUAGUCAAAUGCGUGCAUUUGAUUUGUUGGCCACUGUUGCUGACAAGUUGUUGCAUGGGACAGAUGGUCCUACCACGACUACUACUGAUACAUCAACCGAAAAAGAUAGGCCUGCAGUUAUGAAGAAAGAAUUGGAUGCAAACAGUUUGCUCAAAGUCGAGACUUCUGAUCGAGGCAGCUGUGACCAGGGCUUUGUCUCAGAGAUCAUUUCAUCAGGACACGAUAAAAAAUGUGAUACAAAUGAUUGUCUUCCACAGCAUGAUGAACAUUCACCACAAUUAGUUUCUGUAGUAACAAAUUUCGAGAAGAGCAAGAAGGAAAUGGAAAAUUUAGCUAGCGAAGUACAUCUAGGCUCCCCCAGUAGUAAGGAGUCUGAUAACUGUGAAUUGGAUGGUAAACUUAAAGUUGCCGUAAAAUAUGAGUUGCAUAAAACUGAAGAGGUGCUUACUAGAACUCAUAAUCAGGAUGACUCAUGCAAGAGAGAGGAUCCUGUUAUAUGGGACCAGAAAGCUCAUUUGUUAGGUAAUAAUUCAGAUAGUUGCGGCAAGAUGACUCAGGACAAACAGAUUGUUCAGAACUCUUCUUUUGCAACUCAGAAUAAUGUAAAAGUAGUUGAUAGAGAUGAUGACGAAAACUCUUCUGGGUGUACUCACCCAGUCUCCUCAAUAAAGUCCUUUAGGACAGUACCUAGUAGUAGAGACCGAAGAAUAAGGAAAGUAUCAGCUUCCAAAUCUUGGAAAGUAGUUCCAAGAUACAGGGAUGAAUCACUUUCUAAGUCUGAUGGCAGUUGGAAAUCUAUGUUUCGCAGUAAGAGCUCUCACGACAGUUGCAGACGCCAGAAAUCUCAAAUGAAUAUUCCUUUUAAAAAGAGAAAAUUCUUUGACUGUAAUAGCUCAGUGUCAAAUUCUGAUGGUGGAAUUAAUUCGGAGGGUCUUUCCGAUUCAAUUGGGAAGGUUGUCAAUACAGAUAACUCAGGGAGAUCAUGUUCUGCAUCUGGUCAUGGCCAUCACAAAACUUUCCCAUCCAGAGAUUCUCAUGUGAAAAUUAGGAUAAAAUCUUUUAGGGUGCCAGAGCUCUUUAUUGAGAUUGCCGAGACUGCAACUGUUGGUUCUUUGAAGAGGACCGUAAUGGAAGCAGUGACUGCUAUACUUGGCGGUGGAUUACGAGUUGGUGUUCUUCUUCAGGGGAAGAAGGUUAGAGAUGACAAUAAAACUUUAUUUCAGACUGGAAUUUCGCAUGACAACCAGCUUGAUUCAUUGGGGUUUGCACUUGAGCCUAAUCCUUCACGAACUCCUCUUGCAUUGGGCCAAGAAGAUUCUCCUUGUAUUCUUCCAUGUGAUUGCCCUGAACCUAUAACCAGGCAUUCACGGAAUGCCUCUGCAGAUCAUCCAGGCAAUAGUAAUGUGUUGUCCGAGCCUCAUGGAGAUUCUUUAGGCAAUUUUAUUGAGAGUGACCAUGAUUCGGCACCCUCUCCUACCGAUAUGUCAAAUCACAAGAGCACAACAGACUCUAAAGCGUUGGUCACUGUACCAGAAAUGACAGUGGAGGCACUUACUGUGGUUCCCAUGCAUCGAAAAUCUAAGCGGUCUGAGGUUGCACAGCGGCGAAUUCGCAGGCCCUUCUCUGUUGCUGAAGUGGAGGCAUUGGUUCAAGCUGUUGAGAAACUUGGUACCGGAAGGUGGCGAGAUGUUAAACUCCGUGCAUUCGACAAUGCAAAGCAUAGAACUUAUGUGGAUCUGAAGGACAAAUGGAAAACCCUGGUGCACACAGCGAGAAUAUCCCCGCAGCAAAGAAGGGGAGAGCCCGUGCCACAGGAGCUUUUGGACCGAGUCUUAACUGCGCACGCUUACUGGUCGAAGCAGCAAGCUAAGUACCAGCUGAAGCGCCAGCCAGAGACAUGUCUUCUCCUUUGAACCAAAAAAAAAAAA